CCCUGUCUUCUCUAGCUCUCCUCCAUCUCUUCGUCUGUCCGUGGAUAUCUGAGUAACCACCAUCAUGUUCGUCUCUCCAGCUGGUUACCAGCCCGUCUACAACCCUAGUGUCCCCUAUGUGGGUCCGAUCUAUGGGGGACUGAGAUCCGGGAUGUCUGUCUACAUCCAGGGAGUCAUCCCUCUGGAAGCCUCCAGCUUCCUCCUCAACCUGCAGGGUGGGGAGGCUGAGGGCAGCGACAUCGGCUUUCACUUCAGCCCCCACUUGGACGACAGUUGUGUGGUGCUGAACAAUUGCCAGGGAGGGGAAUGGGGUUCAGAGGAGAAGAUCGAAAGCCUGCCCUUCAGCAAGGAAAAUGCAUUUGAGAUUAUCAUUACCAUCAUCCAGGAGGGCUACCAGGUGAAAGUGAAUGGACAAGACUUCCAUACGUUCCUUCAUCGUCUUCCAGUUGAGACAGUAAAUGCCCUGCAGAUAGGGGGCGAUGUUUCCAUCCAGACCAUCAGCUUCUUAGGGGGUGCAGUUUCUGCCGGGGAUGAAGGAGAGAACCUGCCAGCCUUGAGUGGAAAUGCAGUUUUCUACCCUGCUGCCCCCUAUGCCCACAACUUCCCAGGUGGCUUGACUCCUCAGAAGACCUUCAUCAUCAGAGGCUUGGUUCCGCCAGGUGCUUACAGGUUCACUGUCAACCUUUUGGUGGGCAGCACACAGAACAUAGCCUUCCAUCUGAACCCUCGCAUACAGGAGGGAGCGGUGGUGAGAAACAGUUUGAUGGAAGAGAACUGGGGACAAGAGGAGCGAGAUGUCAACUUCAAUCCUUUCCAGGAGGGACAGUAUGUAGACUUUGUCAUCCGCUGCGAGGCUGAGAUGUUCAAGGUGUUUGUGAACGGGCAGCACAUGUGUGACUACGCCCACCGCUACUCCACCCUUAGUGAGAUCGACACCCUGGAGGUGGCUGGAGAUAUUCAGAUCUCAUACGUUUCCGCCUGAGUCAACACACACCUGCACACCCUGGAUGUUGACACAUGAUUCAACCUUAACAUUGGUAUGGUAGUCAGUAUACACAUCAGAUCCUAAGAGAAUCAAAGGAAUCCAACGAUGUUAAUAAAAUAAACGCCAUGAACA